AUGAAUAAUUAGCAAUAAAUUAUAGCUGUCUUAACAAAAAUCAAAGAAUCUUAACAAAAAAUCAAAGUAAAGACAUCUAAAUAUCUUAAAUAACUUGACAUAUUCAAAAUGCAAUUAAAUCCUAAAGAAAUUAGAUUAUAUUUAAUAGGUAAUGAAUAAUUGCCAUUUGGAUUAUUAUAUUGUAUAGGAAAUAAAUCUAAAGUUGAUGGUAGUCUAAGAAAAUCUGCAUAUUAUAGUGCUGAAUUAUUUCUGAAUAUUUUAGAGAAGCAUCCAUAAAGAAUUGAAUUCAUUAAAGUAUUUGCAGAUCUUGAAGAUGAUGAAUAUAAAUUACUUUCAUUAUCUACACAUAUUUUAGUAGAUAAGAAAUUAUAAGAUAAAGGUCUUGUUGCUUUUAAAAUAAUUAAGUAUUUAAAAGAUGAAAGACCUCAUUUUAAUCUUGAAUAUAUUCUUGAAAUUAAAAAACUCAAAGAAUAAUUUGAGAAUUGGUACAAAAGUGUUAGAGUUCAAUAAAUUCAAGAGCAAAUACAACAAACAUCAUGGAAAGAAUCUGAUUAACCUCCUCCUGAGAAUCUAAACUUAUAAAGAGAGUAAAAUAAGAGAUAAAAGAAAUUAGAACAUAUUAAUUUAUAAUGGGAUGGAAAUCCAGAAUAUUUAAUUAAGACUUUUUAUAAUCCUUUUAUUCCUUAACAAAGAACAACGAAAUCUAAUAAAAAUAGAAAUGCUGCAUUAAAAAAGAAGUAAAUAGCUGAAAGUUUAAAUGCAGUUAUUGAUGUAGAAUCAGUUGAAUAAAUCAAACAAUAAAUUAAGAAUUUAGAUAAAGUUAUUGUUAAAAUUCAUCUUGAUUCUCCAUAAUUCGAUGCUUAAACAUUCUUAAAAAUAGUAUAGCCAUAAAUUUCAAAGUAAUCCAUGACUAUGCUAUAAUAAUAAAAUAUAGAAAUGAAUAAAAAUAUCGUUUACUAUUUUAUUGAUGAUUUCUUCUGUAUCAAUUAAGGUAUUUUGUAAAUACAUAAUGAAUUCAUUUCCAAAGAAUAUAAAGAUUCAAUAAAAAGAAAAAAAUCAUUAGCAUCUAAUGAUAAGUCAAGUUAACCUAUGCAAGUUGAUCAAAUUUUAAUUUUAGGAUCUUUAUCUAAAAGAACAUUUUCAUUAUUGUCUAAAUUAAAUUCUAUUUCAUAAUCUAUGAAUAAAUUAAGAAUAAGUUAACAAAAUUUGAAAUCAGUAAUUGAUUUCAUUAGAAAAUGUGAAUAGUAUGUAUAAUUGCCAAAUUAAUUGAAGGAAGCUUAUCUUUAAAGAAAUAAUGCUCAAGUGAUGAAACUUAUAUCUCUUUAAAAGGAAAACAUUAAUUAAUAUAAGAAUAUAUCAUUAUUUAAAUAAUUGAAUGAAUAGAUAGAUCAAGUAAUGAAAUAAAUAUAUAAUGAUAUGCUUCAAUAGAUAAAACAAGACAAUUUGGAGUACAAUUAGAUUUUAGAAAUAGCUGAAUAUAUAAAUGAAUUAAAUCUAACAUAAAAUAGUACUUAAGACAUUGUUAAUAAUCUAUAGUAAUCUAUAAAAUCAAAUUUUAAUGCUUAUUUUAAUAAGACAUUGUAAUAGAGAGAUAAUGAAGCUUACUAAGUUGAGAUGAUUAGAGGUGAUUUUAUUAUUGAAUUCCUUUAACAAUGUUCUUUACCUUAAAAAGAGUUACAAUUAUAGAAUUGUAAAGCAUUAGAAAAUUUUGUAAUUGGAAAAUUUAGUAAAUAAGUUAAAUAGUUUUAAAAUUUAUGUAGAGAUCUUAAUUUAAAUCCAAACAUGUAAAAAUUGAAAGAAGAAAUAGAGAUUAAGAUGCUAUAGUUUUUGGAAUCAGCUUAAAAUUCAUGGUUUAAUUAAUAAUAUAGUUCCAUAUUAUGUUAAAGAAUAAAUUAAGAUAUCGAAUCAAUAAAGAAUAUGGCUUAGAUAAUUACAAAUUUAUUUGGAGAUUGUCUAAAGAUAGAUAAUUCUAUUAAUGAUAUAGAAGUUAAAUCUUUAUCUUUAUAAUUUUCAAAUUACACAUUAAAAUAGAUAAAAGUUAGUUUUGUUGUUCCUUAAAAAGAUUUUUUUGGAGUUAAUUUUUCUGAAUUCAUGUUGCAAAUAUUUAAUGAGAUAUUUAAGUAAGGAUUUAUAUUAUUUUAAUAGAAUAUCUAAGAAUAAAAAUAUAGAUGGAAUUCUCUUUUUAUAAUUAAUGCAAGAUAGUCUUAAUUAUUUAUAAUCUAAUUGCAAAGAAUCCUAAGAUUAUUUGAUACUUUUGCAUAAUAUAAAGUUGAUUGCUACUUAGAUAAAAGAUUUAGCUUAGAGUGUGUAUUCAAAUUCUAAAAAGUUAAAAAGUUUUAAAGAAUUUGCAGAACCAAUUCAGUAAUAAAUUAAUGGAAUUUUAUCUUAAUAUUAUUAGCCAUGUCUUUAAAGUUAUGUGAAAUUAUUAAACCUUGAUUAGCCAUAAGGAAUGGAUAUGAUACCAAGACCAUAUGUUAUAUAAUGGUUAACAGUACUUAAUGAAUAGGCUGUAAUAUUGGCCUAAAUUAAUUUAGAUUAAACAGUUACUGAUUCAAUAAUGUCAUUUAUUGUUAGUUAAUGUUUUAAGAAUAUUGAAGCAGUAUCUACACAUCCAAAAAAAACAAAGUUUUUAGAUUAAUUAAAUCAUGAGAUAAAUUUAAUUAAAAUAAUGACAUUGACAUUUUAGGGAUCCGUAUCCUAAGAAGGAUUUUAGAGAUUGUAAAGAAAAUUGGAAGAACUAAGUCAAAAUACAUUGUCAGAGACCAAUGAGUGGGCAAGAACUUAAAAAUUUAAAAUGUCAUUUAAUUUUAAAGCAUUAUAUGGUUAUUAUUAACAAUAAUGA